GCCAGAUACGCUUUUGGAUGCUGGCCAAAAAUACACAAGAGAUAUAUUAACACAGAAAAUAAGUAAAUCGACGCAGAAACAGUUUUGUGUUAAACUCACUACCAGAUAGAAAAAAAAAUCGAUGGUGUCUCUAUUGAAAUUGAAUUAAUAAACUAAUAAAAAAAGGAAAAAAAAAGUAAAUGAAAUUAUCAUCAACACUAUUAAAAAUGUAUUGUGUUAUAAUAAAUAACCCAUCAAUAUGGAGUAAUGAACUUUCGUUAUAAUAAAAAAACAAUUAGACAAUAAAAAAUUAAACAUAAUGAUUAUUGAAGAGUUUUUUGUCCACGACAAUAUUUAUCAUCAACGACAAAAAAUGUUACGUAUUGAUGUACAAUUUUUCAUGAAGCUAUUAAUGAUAACAAUGUGUUGUAUAAUUGUCACGAAUUGUGAACCAUUACGUGGUAUAAAAGAAUUAAAAGCAGCAUUACAUGAAUCACGUGUACCACCACCAUAUCUUGGUCAUUGUGAUUUUGAAAGACCAUGUACAUCAUGGAAUUAUGAUACUGGUUUUAAAAUAAUAUCAACAAAUCAUCGUAAAAUUGGUUUACCAAAAACAGAUGCUAAUAAAAAUCGUCUAGGACAUUUUUUAUGGUUAAAAGAUUUAGCUAAUCGUGGUACCAGAGAGGGACAAAUAUGGUCUGUUAUAAUACCACCAACUGGUUCACAUUGUUUUCUUGAAUUUUCAACUUAUCAAAUUAACAUGGAACAAGGUGUUAUUCGUCAAAUUAUUGCAACAGAUAAUAUAACAAGCUCAGUUGCAUCUGAACGUCGUGGUAAUAAUGAUGAAAAAUGGAAUGUAACUAGAUUAAAACUUGGUGCAAUAAGUCAACCAUACAGAGUUGGAUUAGAAGUUGUUGUUCCAUUUAAUUCUAGUAUUGCCAUUGACAACAUACGAUUGGAUGAUUGUUUUCCAGAAUCAAAACCGUAUUACAGUAUACAUACAAAUUGUACGGGUGAUAUGUUUCGUUGUAACAAUGGCUCAUGUUUGAAUAGAACAAGAAUUUGUGAUUUAACACCAGAUUGUGCUGAGGGAGAAGAUGAAAUACUUGAAUGUGAAAAAAUGCCAGAAACUGGAAGAUGUAAUUUUGAAAAAGGCUGGUGUGGUUGGACCAAUGAACCAGAUAGAAAACUCAAUUGGACACUUCAUCGAGGCUCCACACUGUCUGAUAGAACUGGACCAAGUUAUGAUCAUACUUAUAGAAAUGAAACAGGUACAUAUGCAUUUGUAAAUUCAUCAAGAAGUAAUGGACUUGGUGAUCGUGCAACAUUAAGUAGUCCAAUAUUUAAUCCAACACCACCCUACAAUAGUGAUCCAAAAAGUCCAUAUUAUAAAUCAUGUCAAGUACGUUUUUUCUUUCAUCAAUAUGGUACAUACAGUGGUUCACUUGGUCUUUAUGUUAUUCAAAUGAAACCCCAUCAAAAUCAAUCACAUCGCACAUCUGAUAUUAAAUAUCGUUAUAUAUUACAAUUUGAAGCAAGCAAAGGAUAUGCAUCAAAAGCUGAUGUUGCUAUUGAUGAUUUUUCAUUGAGUCCAGAAUGUUUUGGAAUUGGAGUGCCAGCGGAUGUUGUGGGCGAAUUUAACUAUUACCGACCAGUCAUUGAAUCUGAACACUCGAUGGAGCAACACUUUGACUUUGUCAAUGAAACAGUAAUAAAAAUAACAACAUGCGGAGCAAGUGGUCGUUAUGGUCCUUCACAAGCACAAUGUUAUCGUGAAUAUAAUGGUACUGAAAUGGAAUCAGAAGUUAAUAAUACAUCACAAACAAAUGUAACAUCAACAAAUUUAAGUGAAAUUGAAAAAUUAACAAAUCAAGGAUUACAAAAAUGGACAGCACCACGUGGUGGUUAUUAUACAUUAAUUGUAUUUGGUGCACAAGGUGGUCGUGGUUCAAGUAGUAUGGGAAGUACACUUGGUGCAAUGGUACGUGGUGUUAUAGAAAUUGAUAAAGGACAAACACUAUAUUUUUUAAUUGGACAAUCUGGUACUGAUGCAUGUCCAAAAAGUUUUGGUAAAUUAAAUAAUCAAUGUCCUGAUACAAAUUUAAAUGAUAAUAAUAAUAACAAUGAAUCAUCAAUAUAUGGUAUAACAUCAGUAAUACGUGAAGUUAAAAAAAUUAAUAUAAAUAAUGGUGGAGGUGGUGGUGGUGGUGGUACAUUUGUAUUUAAAAUAAAUGAUAAUGAUGAAUUAAAAGCAAUAGCAAUUGCUGGUGGUGGUGGUGGUUUAGGUUUUGGUAAAUUUAUUGAUGAUGGUAUACAACAUGGUCAUGGUUUAUAUAUUGAUAAAAAUAAUCCAAUUGGUUAUUCAACAACAACAAUGAGUGAUAAAUUAGGUGGUGCUGGUGGUGGAUGGAAUACAUCAUCAACAAUUGAUUUAUCAUCAAUAACAGUUGGUAAAUCAUUUGUAAAUGGUGCUUCUGGUGGUAAAGCAUGUAAUGAUAAUAAUAAUAGUAAUAAUAAUAAUAAUAAAACAAAUAAUUUUGGUGAUGGUGGUUUUGGUGGUGGUGGUGGUGGUUGUAAAAGUGGUGGUGGUGGCGGUGGUUACAUUGGUGGUACAAGUGGUAUUAAAAGUAUAAAUAAUGGUGAAGGUGGUUAUUCAUAUAUAUCAAAUGAAUUAAUAUAUACAUUAAUACGUAGUGGUUAUAAUCAAGGACAUGGUAGUGUUUAUAUUAUACCAGCAAUAAGUGGUUGUGGUUGUGAUUUUCGUUGUGUUGCUAUUGAUAAACAUUUAUCAGAAACAAAAUGUCUUUGUCCAAAUGGCUGGCAACUUGGUGAUGAUUUACGUUCAUGUUUAGCUGAUCAACUUGAUAAUACACAACAAACAUUUAUGAUAAUAUUAGUUAUAGCAUGUUUAGCAAUGUUAUUUGCAUUUUCUGGUUUAUGUUUAAUAUUAUACAAUAGAUAUCAAAAUAGAAAAGCACUUAUAAGACGUAGACAAGUUAUGUUUGGUAAUGGUACUGAAUUAACAGCAUUACAUACUGUAUCUGAUACAAUGAUGACUGAAUUUAAUCCAAAUUAUGAAUUUGCUAGUAAUCUUUAUAGUAUUAAAGAUUUACCACAAAUACCACGUGAAAGUAUAACAUGUAUUAAACCACUUGGUCAAGGUGCAUUUGGUGAAGUAUUUCAAGGUAUAUAUAGAUAUAGAAGAAAUGAAGAAGCACCAAUUGCUGUUAAAACAUUACCAACAGUAACAACAUCACAAGCUGCUGCUGAUUUUAUGAUGGAAGCACUUAUUAUGAGUAAAUUUGAUCAUCCAAAUAUUGUUAAAUUUAUUGGUAUAUCAUUUGAUAAAAAUCCAAGAUAUAUUGUACUGGAAUUAUUAGCUGGUGGUGAUUUAAAAAAUUUUUUACGUGAAGAAAGACCACGUUCAGAUCGUUCAACAAAUUUAACAAUGAGAGAUCUUAUUAUUUGUGCGCAUGAUGUUGCUGGUGGUUGUAAAUAUAUGGAAGAAUCAAGAUUUAUACAUCGUGAUAUUGCUGCUAGAAAUUGUUUAUUAACAUCAAAAGGACCUGGUAGAAUUGUUAAAAUUGCUGAUUUUGGUAUGGCCAGAGAUAUUUAUCGUAGUGAUUAUUAUAAAAAAGGUGGUAAAGCAAUGUUACCAAUUAAAUGGAUGCCACCAGAAAGUUUUUUAGAUGGUAUAUUUAGUACAAAAACAGAUGUAUGGGCAUUUGGUGUAUUAUUAUGGGAAAUUAUGAGUUUUGGAUAUAUGCCAUAUACUGGAUGUGCCAAUAGAGAAGUUAUGUCAAUGGUUACAACUGGUGGAAGAUUAGAAAAACCAGCUGGUUGUCCAGAUCCAUUAUAUGGAAUAAUGGCUAAAUGUUGGCAUGGAAGACCAGAAGAUAGACCAAAUUUUUCAACAAUUGUUGAAAGACUUGGUUAUUGUCUUCAAGAUCCUGAUGUUAUUAAUCAUCCAAUGCCAAAUUUUAAUAUACUACCAGAUUGUGAUAGAGAAAUAACAAUAAUGCGUCCUGAUCCUGAAGCUGAAUGUAUCAAUGUAAAUGCCGAGCUUGAUGGAUGUGGUUAUAUGCAACCACGUUCAAAUUAUCGACCAGCUGCUUAUCGAAUUGGUGUUGUACCUGGAAUUGUUUAUGCUUCAUUACGACAUAAUGAUGGUUUUGAAGGUGAAACUAUACAAGAAACAACACUUAUUAAUACAAAAAAACAUAAUAAAGAAUUUUCAGAUAAUGAUAAUUCACCAAAAAAAAAAAUAAAUGAAGAAAUUAUUAAAAAUAAAACAACAAAUAAUGAAGAAAAUGAAAUAAAAAAUAAAACAGAUUUUAAAAAUUUACAAAAUGGUAUUAUUGAAAAUAAAAAAUUACCAGAUAAUGAUUCAAUAAAUAAUUCAACAACAACAACAACAAAUUCACCAGUAUUAUCAUUAAAAAGUCAAUCACCAAUUAUUUCAUCAACUGAUACAAUUAAAAAAACAACACUAAAAGCAGCAUUAAGUUUAGAUCCAAGUACAUUAUAUCGUGCAACAAUUCCAUAUGAAAAAAUUACAUUUUCACAACAAUCAUCAAAUAAUCAAGAUACCAAAGAUAUUAAAAAUGAUAAUGUUAGUCAUGAGUAUCCACGAGAAGAAGAAUGUUCUUGCUGAGAUUCAUUUAUUGGGGGUUGACAUGAGUUACACCCUCAUCAUUAUUUGAAAAAUAAUAAAUUCAUAAAAAAGUCAUGCUCAAUGCCAAUAAUAUGGCUCAAAAGUUAUGACGAUGUGUGCAAUGUUAGUCGUUAUUCAUCCGAAGAAACACUCGUCUAGUUAAUAUACAUAUAAAAUUUUUUACAAAUAAUUAUUAACAUUAUUUUUUACAUGAAAAUUAAAAUAAUAAUAAUAACACAACUCCAAGUUUUUAUAAAUCAACCAAAUGAAUUUUUAUUUACAGUUUAUUUUUUAAAUUAAAUAAUAUGUAUACUAAAUUUAUUUUAUUUUAUUAUUUAUAUAAAUUAAAUUUAGAUUGAAUUUAUUUUAUGAAAUUAUUAUUAUUUUUUUGAAUAAAAAAGUGUGAUGUUGACAGUAUUUGAUAAAUUUGUAUGUCUCAUAUUGGAUAAAUAAUAUAUAAUAAUAUUUAAAUGCAAGUAAAUUAAUAAUUAAAUAAUAAUGAUACUAAAAAUUUGAGUAUACAAAUAAUUGGCGUAUCAGUAUUAAAAAAAAAAAAUGAUAUGUAUAAAAAAAAAGAAUUGUAAAAGAAAGAAAUAUUAUUAAGUUUGUUUUUGGGAAUAUUUGAAAAUGAAAAUUUUAUAUUGUGUUUUAUUGCAUGAUAAGAAUAAUUGUUUAUAUGCCAAAAAUUGAAAAAUAUAAAAAGAAUUUAAUGGAAUUGUCGAGAGAAAAAAAAAAAUAAUUAAAUACAAUCAAUGAUAAUUUUAUUAUUUAAAAAUACAAGGGUCAUUCUAAAAUCACUAACGAAUUAAUGAAAAUAUAUAUAUAUUCAUUUCGCUGUGCGAAUGAUUUUUUAAAAUAUUAAUGCCACUAAUUUAAAGGAUAUCUAGGUGUUAAUUAACUGACUGCAAUAUUUUGAUGAAAUAAAUUUUUAAAAAAAAUUAAUUUUAACUUAAAAUAUACACAAAAUAUUUUUCAAUAAUUAUAAUAAAUAAUAUUGAGUAUUUAACAACAAGAUAUUUAUUUUUUGAUUUAUUGAUUAAUUUGAUAAACAUUUAAAUAAUUCAAUUGAAAAAUAUGCAACUGGAAUUAGACAAUUUAAAGAAACAUAAUAAUAAAUAUAUAAUUUUAUAAAAAUAUUAUUUUGCUCAAUAAUAAUAAUUGUGAUUAAUUAUUUAUAAUUGAAUUUCAAAUUUAUUAUUUUUACAAAUAUUUAGAUAUCCUUUUAAAACUAGUGGUGUUUUGAUAGAAGAUAAGGAUAAUAAUAUAAUAAAACAAUUAAUCUGUGAAAUAAUACUCAAAGUACAAGGAUAAAAAAACCCAAAUUGAUGUUGACCUCAUAAAUAUUAACUACAUAAAUUGUAACUUAAUUGAUGAGUUGAAGAUUUGUAAAUAUAAUAAUAAUGUUUAAAGUAAAAAAAAAAAAUAUAUAUAGAAUUAAGAAGUAUGUUUAAAAUAGAAAAAAAUCGGGAUAUUAAAUUUAAAAAAAAAUUGAGUAGUGAUGACAUUGAUGUACACAAAUAUGAUAUAAUAAUAUAAUACUAUAAAUAAUAUUUGCAAGAAUUUUUAAAGCAUUGAAAAAAGACAGGGAUAAUAAAAAAUAACCAUAGAAAUUUUUGUUGAUAAAGAUAAUUAUUUGUUAAGUAUAGAUAAUAAAGUAAAAAAAUAAUAGAAAAGCUUUAAAGAAUAUUUUUUGUUUUGUCUUUUUUUUUAAAAAAAAAAAUAAAAUAUUAUUAGUAGCAGUAGAAUAACAAGUAAAUAAAUAAAUUGUAAUUUUAAACAUUAUCUUUUAGUUUAUAUUUUUAAUUUUUUUAUUUAUAAGUUUGUAACAAAAAAAAUGAUACUUACAGUGUAAAAAAUUAAUAAAAAAUAAAUAAUAAAAAUCAUUUA